ACCCCCCGCGUGCACGAGUGGACGAGUCCAUCCGCAAUGAUCAUCUGACUCUGUGAUUAUUGUGGGCAAACGGUGCCCGAUAUUCCAUCACUCUCGUAAUAUUCUAACAAACUUAGCUAUCGCGCGGCGUCCUUUACUAACUACCAGUUGUUAAGCGUUGUCAUCACUCUGCUUUUGUUUGUUGUUGUCGUUGUUUUUUUAAAGCGACGAAAUGGCGCCGACUCUAUCCCCACAUAAGGCCUAUUACAGGUUCGUGGUCCUCUUCUUCAACUGCCUGCUCACGUUCGGCUCAUACUUCUGCUUCGACAUGCCCAGCGUGCUUCAGGACCAGUUCCAGGCGAACACCAGCUGCCCGCAGAACUCGUCGGCGCACGCCAACGGCAGCGCGUCGUGCGUGGAGGGGUUGGGCAUGUCACCCCAGCAGUACAACCUCCUCUACGCCAUCUACGCGUGGACGAACGCAGUGGUGGUGAUCGCGGCUGGGUUUCUGAUCGACAAGCUCGGCAACCGCGUGGGCGUGUUUCUCUUCUCCCUGCUGUGCGUGCUCGGCUCCGCCACCUUCGCGCUGGGCUCCCACUUCGGGGGCACGGGCUACAUGCUGCCCAUCAUGCUCGGCGGGCGGCUGCUCUUCGGUUCCGGCAACGGCUCGCUCACGAUCGUGCAGAACCGCAUCACGGCGUUCUGGUUCAAGGGCAAGGAGCUGGCAUUGGCCUUCGGCCUCACGCUGGCCUUCUCGCGCCUGGGAAGUGUCCUCAACUUCUUCCUGACCCAGCGCGCAGAGGCGCAGUUCGGCCUGCAGUGGACGCUCUGGGGCGGGGCGCUGCUGUGUGCGCUGGGCUUCGUGGCGGCCGUGGUGGUGAGCGUGCUCGACCGCGUCGGCACCAGGCAGCUCGGCCUGGAAGGCAGCGUGCGACAGGAGUCCAAGCGAGUGCGCUUCUUGGACAUCCGCUACCUGCCGCUGCGCUACUGGCUCCUGGUGUUCACCAUCAUGUUCUUCUACAACGGCAUCUUCCCCUUCGUGGCGGACGCCAGCAAGUUCAUCCAGGACAAGUACGUGGGUUACUCGCAGCAGCAGGCGGCGUACGUGGCGGGUGCCGUCUACGACAGCUCCCUCGUCCUCUCCGCCACGGUCGGCAUCCUCAUCGACUACGUGGGGCUGCGCGGCGUGUUCUGCACGGCGUGCGCGGUGCUCACCCUGCCGGUGUUCGCGCUGCUCGCCUUCACCACGGUGCCGCCCCUCGUGUGCACGCUCUGGCUCGGAGUCACCUACUCGUUCGCCGCGGCCAGCAUGUGGCCGUCCAUCCCGCUGGUGGUCCCGCAGGCCACGCUGGGUACAGCCAUGGGUCUCACCACCUCCAUUCAGAUGAUCGGCAUCGGCUUGUCCAACGUCAUUGUGGGACAGAUCCUCGGCACCAAGUCCAGCGAAGCGACGAUCCCGCUGGAGCGCUGGCAGUACAUGAUGAUCUUCAUGCUUGUCAACACCGUGUGCUGCAUCGUCGUAUCGCUCUUCCUCAACGUCGUGGACAGCAGACAGGGCGGGACUCUGAACAGGAGCACCAAGCGGCGGGCGGCUGGCGAGGUCACCGCCGGCGCCGGCGGCACGGAGGAGGGAGCCCCCACGGAGCGGUCGCCGCUGCUGGGGGAGCAGGACGGCGACGACGGCGGCAGCGGCGUCAAAUAGACAGCCGCGUCUGCCGCACGCACACACGUGUAUACACACACGUGUAUACACACACGU